AUGGCUCGUGCCACGAAUACAGCCGCCGCCCCGGCCUUGAGGGCCCGAGAUGAUCUGGAUUCCACGUGGACCUAUCUGGAGAAGAACGUCAACAAUGUCAUGACAAAGUUGCAGGAUGGUUUGGACAUGAAGACCUACAUGGGUGUCUAUACCGCCGUCCACAACUUCUGUACCUCCCAAAAAGCCGCCAGUUCUCAGCCGCAAGCCGGCACCGGAACGGCGCUCAGUCACAGCCAUCGCGGCGCACAUCUACUAGGCGAAGAACUCUACACUCUUCUUGGCCAAUACCUUACACAGCAUCUUGAAGAUGUCCUUGCUCAAUCCGAAUCGCAUACCGAUGAGGCUCUCCUCGCGUUCUACAUCAGAGAGUGGAAGCGCUACACAGAUGCGGCCAAAUACAACAACCACUUGUUCCGGUACCUUAACCGUCACUGGGUCAAACGAGAGAUCGAUGAGGGCAAGAAGAACGUUUAUGAUGUCUAUACCCUACAUCUGGUGAAAUGGAAGGAUGUCUUCUUCAAGGCGGUGGAGUCAAAGGUCAUGGAUGCCGUCCUCCGACUUGUCGAGAAACAGCGCAAUGGCGAGACCAUCGAUCAGAUGCAAAUCAAGGCAAUUGUGGAUUCGUUUGUGUCUCUCGGCCUGGACGAGCUUGACAGCACCAAAUCGACCUUGGAUGUCUACCGCCUCCACUUUGAGCGUCCGUUCAUUGCUGCCACCAAGGAGUAUUACACCAACGAGUCCAGACGCUUUGUUGCCGAGAAUAGUGUCGUCGAAUACAUGAAGAAGGCCGAGGCUCGACUUGAGGAGGAGAGAGAACGGGUCGGACUCUACCUUCAUCCCGACAUCAUGAAGAAGCUUAUGGAGACCUGCAAUGAAGCCCUGAUCAGUGCUCAUUCAACCUUGCUACGAGACGAGUUCCAAGUGCUACUUGACAACGAACGCACCGAAGACCUCGCUCGUAUGUAUAGGCUCCUCUCCAGAAUCAAAGACGGCUUGGAUCCACUUCGCAAUCGGUUCGAAGUCCACGUGCGCAAGGCUGGUACUGCUGCCGUCGAGAAGGUGGCGACCAACGGCGAUAACUUCGAGCCCAAGGUUUACGUCGAUGCUUUGCUGGAGAUUCACGGCAAAUACCAACAGUUGGUCAACGUUGCCUUCAAUGGCGAAUCCGAGUUUGUCCGGUCACUUGACAAUGCUUGCCAGGAGUUUGUCAACCACAACCAAGUCUGCAAGUCGAAUUCUACCCGGUCGCCGGAGCUUCUCGCCAAGUAUGCCGAUCAGCUUCUGAAGAAAGGGGCCAAGGCUGCUGAUGAGUCUGAACUGGAAGAACUUCUUGUGCAAAUCAUGGUCGUGUUCAAGUACAUUGAGGAUAAGGACGUGUUCCAGAAAUUCUAUUCUCGCAUGUUAGCCAAGCGUCUUGUCCACAGCAGUUCUGUCUCGGACGACGCAGAGACCAGCAUGAUCAGCAAACUGAAGGAAGCCUGUGGUUACGAAUACACCAACAAGCUCCAACGCAUGUUCCAGGAUGUUCAGAUCUCCAAGGAUCUCAACACUGCCUACAAGGAAUGGCACGAAAAGAUCCUCGCCGACAGUGACGAGAAACGCACGGUGGAUUCUACCUUCCAGAUCCUGGGUACUGGCUUCUGGCCCCUCAAUGCCCCCAACACACCGUUCGCACCGCCUGCCGAAAUCAACAGAGCUGUCGAGUCAUUCACGCGCUUCUACGAUCAGAAGCACAACGGUCGAAAGCUGACCUGGUUGUGGCAGCUCUGCAAAGGGGAGAUCCGGGCCAAUUACAUAAAGAGUCAGAAAGUGCCGUACACGUUCCAGGUAUCCACGUGGCAAAUGGCGAUUCUCUUGCUCUUCAACGACUCCGACAAGUUGAAUUACUCCGAGAUCAAAGAACUAACCAAACUGACCGACGAGACCCUCGAAUCAGCCAUUGGUAUCCUGAUCAAGGCUCGCGUCUUGUUGGCCACCCCCGAAGAUGGCAAGCCGGCGCCCGGAACGUCCUACGCACUGAACUACAACUUCAAGAACAAGAAGGUCAAGGUCAAUCUGAACAUCACCGUCAAAUCCGAGCAGAAGGUCGAAUCGGAAGAUACCCACAAAACCAUCGAGGAGGACAGAAAGCUACUGCUACAGGCUGUUAUUGUUCGCAUCAUGAAAGGUCGCAAGAAGCUCAAGCACGUGCAUCUCGUGGAAGAGGUCAUCAACCAAGUGCGCAGCCGGUUCCCACCCAAGAUCUCCGACAUCAAGAAGAACAUCGAUGCUCUGAUGGAGAAGGACUAUCUCGAACGUCUCGACAACGACGAGUUGGCAUACAUCGCUUAA